AUCUUUUUCCCACUUUCUGCACUUUGGUCUUUGGCUGUUCCAUUGACCCGAACCGAACCCGAAAAAAAUUCUCGUACCGGAGAAAUUGCGUCGAAGAAUCACUUCCCGUGUAGGCCCCUUCAGUUGCUUCUUCUCCAAGAAUUGACGAAUGAUCUCGUAGAUAUUUAGACUGCGUUUAAUUUAGUGAUUGAUUGUCUCUACCAAGAAGCGUUUUCUUUAAGCCAGUUGUGGUUCGGUGGUUUCAACAGUGCGCGAUGGCGAGCGAAGGAAAUGUUGAGAUUGAGAGGAUACACGAUGUUGGUUCCAUUUUGUUCUCGGAAAGCAGGGAUUACUUGAUCCGCAGCAAUGGCGACCAGAUCAAAGCCGAUCAAUUGAGGGGGAAAGUAGUUGGAUUGUAUUUCUCGGCAUCGUGGUGCGGUCCUUGCCGGCGAUUCACCCCAAUUUUGAUCGAUCUUUACAACGAGCUCAAGACGAACAACAAGUUCGAGAUUAUCUUCUGCUCUGCCGAUGAAGAUAACGAAUCCUUCGAAGAGUAUUUCUCAAAGAUGCCAUGGCUUGCAGUUCCGUAUUCUGAUUCAGAGACUCGCGAUCGAAUGGAUGAGUUGUUUUCUGUCAACGGAAUACCUCACCUCGUCCUCCUGGAUGAGAAUGGCAAAGUUUUGAGUGAUGAAGGAGUGCAAAUCAUCCAGGACUAUGGAGCUGCAGGAUUCCCAUUUACGUCGAAACGGAUCGACGAACUCAAGGAGCAAGACGAGGAAGCUAAGAGGAAUCAGUCACUCAAGUCCCUCUUAGUAUCCCAAUCCAGGGACUAUGUGAUUGCAAGCGACGGCCGAAAGGUCGCCAUUUCCGAGCUCGAAGGUAAGACGGUGGGCUUGUAUUUUGCACUGGCCGCCUACGAAGAAUGCCAGGCUUUUACUUCGAAGCUCGUAAAAGUGUAUACGAGCUUGAAAGAAAAAGGGGAGAGCUUUGAGAUUGUAAUGGUACCGCUCGAUGAUGACGAGCAAUCGUUUGUCGAAGCAUUCGAGCAAAUUCCUUGGUUUUCAUUGCCUGUCAAGGAUAGUUUACGCGGGAAGCUCAUUCGGUAUUUUGAGUUACAAAGCUUUACAACUUUGGUAAUAAUUGGACCCGAUGGGAAGACCCGUCAUCCGGAUGUUUCUGAUGCGAUCGUAGAGCAUGGAGAAAAGGCCUAUCCGUUCACGCCUGAGAAACUUUCCGAGCUAGAAAAGGCUAAGAGGGAUGCGCAAACGCUUGAAUCCCUUUUGGUGUCCGAUGAUUGUGAUUUUGUGAUUGGUAAAGAUGGGAGCAAGGUUCCAGUGUCUGAUCUAGUCGGGAGAACUGUCCUGCUUUACUUUUCGGCGCACUGGUGCCCCCCUUGCCGCGCAUUUCUUCCAAAGCUGAGGGAUGCGUAUGACGACAUAAACAAAAACGGGAAAGUGAUGGAAGUCGUAUUCAUCUCGAGGGACAGAGAUCAAACGUCGUUUGAUGAAUUCUUCUCGACGAUGCCGUGGCUGGCUCUCCCGUUUGGCGAUGGAAGGGUGCAAUCUUUGGGGCAGUUCUUCAAGCUGCGCGGCAUUCCGAUGGUGGUUGCGAUCGGACCGAAUGGAAAGACGGUGACGACCGAGGCGCGGGAGCUCAUAAUGUGUCAUGGUGCUGAAGCAUAUCCAUUUACGCCGGAAAAGAUCGAGGAGAUCGAGGCUGGGUACGAGAAAAUGGCGGAGGGCUGGCCGAAGAAAUCGAAGACUGCGGCUCACAGCCAUGAGCUUGUUCUUUCGAAGCGACACUUUUUUGUGUGCGAUGGGUGCGAGGAGAAUGGGCACGUGUGGUCGUACUUUUGUGAGACGUGCGACUACGAUCUCCACCCCAAGUGUGCGCUCGAGGAGGAGAACGAAGACGAAGGCAAAGGGAAAGGCAAAGACGAAGGCGAAGGGCAGUGGGUAUGUGAUGGAGAUAAGUGCUACAAGGAGUAGGGAGUAAGGAAGGAGUUUGAGGAUUAUAAGGGUAUGUUUUUAUGUAUAUUUGGUUUGGAAGGAAGUCCAGAAAUGUGAACUGAGUUUGUUUUCUAUGUGUGUGGAAUGGUUUACUGAUGAAUAAUAUUAUUAUUUGGGUUAA